AUGAAUACUCAGUAUUGUUCCGCACAUAAAUCAAUCCUUUAUAAAUUAGUAUUUGGACAGCUUCCUCAUUGUAAUACUAAUUUAGUUGAUAUAAUUGAAAGCGAAGAGUUAUUGAAUAAUAAUACUUUAAUAUUUGAAGAUUCUCAAUCAACAAUAGUUACAGAAAUUAGUAGUGAAACAUUUGAAUCAGAAUUCUAUGAUGAUAUAGAACAAAUUCAAGAAAAUUAUAGUAAUUUAAGUAUAGAUAACUCACAAAAAUCUGAUAAUUUAGGUGAAAUGCAUAGCGAUAAUAAUAGUAUACAAAAUAUUGAUGAUGAUAGCAUACAAGAAUUUUAUAAUGAUUUAUUAUCAUUAUAUUAUUCUGAAAUUAAGGAGAGUUCUAAAAAUACACUAGCUUUAGGAAUUAAUGAAAUCAUCGAUUCAGAUAAUGAUUUGGAAAUUGGAUGUUCUAAGAACUCUAAGAAUACAAUAACUUCAGAAAUUAUAGAAAUUAUUGAUUCAGAUAAUGAUUCAAGUAAAACACAAUGUUAUACUUCACAAGAAAAAGAAAAGUGGCAGGCUCAAUCUGAAGAAAUUAAGGUUAGUUAA